AUGGGUGCCCUGUCGAAAGUUCGAGGUACCACAAAGACGUCGCCGUAUCCUCAAACUGAAGGGUUACUCGCUGAUACAAUGCAAAAAUAUGGUGUUGCGUUGGGUAGUGAUUCGGAUUUGGGAAAAGGUAUCUAUUUCAUUCCGUAUGUGAACAUUUGA